CGCUUCUUUCUUUCUCUCCCUCUGACCCCUUCUCUCCUUUGCCUAUUGUCCCUCGUUGGCUGUCUUGCUUUGUCUGUGAAUUUCCGCGUUUACUCGACAACAUGGCCGACCAGACUCCUGACUCGUGGGAGGAUGAACUCUCCCGACAGACCGAGGGCGUUAACCUGAACCAGAACGCACAAUAUCGCCCUCAGGCUCAAGCGCCUUCCUUCCACCCCGGCGCUGCGUCCUUCCAGCCUGGUGCUGCUUCGUUCGUGCCCGGCCAGUCCUACGGAGGCUAUGGCGGUUUCCCUCAGUACGGUCAGCAGUACGGCCAACAAGCCUACGGAGGAUACCAGGGCUAUAACCAGCAGCAGGCCUAUGGCCAAUUCGGUGCCUACGGUCAGCAACCCGGUGCUUUCCAGCAAUACCCCGGUUACAACCAACAGCAGCCUAGCCAGGCUGCCCCGGCCGCUCCCCAGCAGCCCAAGGCCCCAGUGAACACUCAGCCCGUCCAGCCCGCCGCCGCCCCCGCUGCUGCUCCCCCCAAGGCCAAGGUUCUGUCGAUCGGUGGCGCCAGCAACUCCCAGGCCGCCCCGAAGACGAAGGUUCUCUCGAUCGGCACUCCCUCGCCCGCUCCUUCGAACACCCCUCCCUCCGGAACCGCUACUCCCGGCGACUCCAAGGGCGCCCAGGCUGCCACGGCUGCCAACAAGGUGACCGCCAGCAAGGCGAUCGACAAGACCGAGAAGAAGGCGGAACAGAAGGCUACCGCCAGCGGCAAGUCCUCUCCCACUCCUUCGGGCCGUUCGAGCCCUGGACGGUCCAGCCCGUCGCGGGGUGAAGCCGCAAAGGCUGCCCGUGAUGCGAACGCCGUCGCGAUGGAGCAACAAGCGGAUGUGGAUGAGUCGACACUGAAGGAAAUCUACGGUGAAAAGAAGGAGCACGUGAACAUUGUGUUCAUCGGACACGUCGAUGCUGGAAAGUCCACCCUGGGUGGAUCCAUCCUCUACGUCACUGGUAUGGUGGAUGAGCGAACUCUGGACAAAUACAGGAGAGAUGCCAAGGAAGCCGGUCGUGAGACUUGGUAUCUUUCGUGGGCCCUGGAUCUUACCAACGAGGAACGUGCCAAGGGUAAGACUGUCGAGGUUGGUCGUGCUCAUUUCAAGGUCGACGUGCCGUCGCCAGAGGGAACCAUUGAGCGUCACUUCUCUAUCCUGGAUGCCCCCGGACACAAGUCUUAUGUCCAUCACAUGAUCGGUGGCGCUUCGCAAGCCGAUGUCGGUGUGCUUGUUAUCUCUGCCCGUAAGGGUGAAUACGAGACGGGAUUCGAAAAGGGUGGUCAGACCCGUGAGCACGCCUUGCUUGCGCGAAACACGGGUGUUCAGAAGCUGGUUGUUGCCGUCAACAAAAUGGACGACCCGACUGUGGAGUGGAGCAAGGCUCGAUUCGAUGAGUGCACUGUCAAGGUGUCUAAAUUCCUCGAGGCCCUCGGCUACAAGAAGGCCGAUCUUACCUUCAUGCCCAUCUCCGCCCAGCGAACUAUGGGUGUCAAGGACCGUGUCCCGAAGGAGCUUGCCCCCUGGUACGAUGGUCCCUCGCUCAUUGAGUACCUCACGGACAUGAAGAUGCCCGAGCGUAAGAUCAACGCACCUUUCAUGAUGCCCAUCACGGCGAAGUACCGUGACAUGGGUACGAUGAUCGAAGGCCGCAUCGAGUCCGGUGUUGUUAAGAAGAACUCGUCCUGUAUCAUGAUGCCCAACCGCUCGGAGAUCCAGAUCGCCGCCCUUUACGGCGAGACUGAGGACGAGAUCGCCACCGCUACCUGCGGUGACCAGGUCCGUAUGCGUCUCCGUGGCGUGGAAGAAGAAGAUAUCCUUCCUGGAUUCGUGCUCUGCUCGCCCAAGCGUCUGGUGCACACCGUGUCCAGCUUCGAGGCCAAGAUCCGAAUUCUGGACCUGAAGAGCAUCCUCACUGCCGGUUACAACUGCGUUAUGCACGUGCACUCCGCCGUCGAGGAGGUUACUUUCGGCGCUCUCCUGCACAAGUGUGAGCCCGGUACUGGCCGCAAGAGCAAGCGCCCCCCUCCGUUCGCCAGCAAGGGCCAGACCAUCAUUGCUCGUCUCGACGUCAUCAGCACCGCCGGUGCAGUGUGUGUUGAGCGCUUCGAGGAUUACAACCAAAUGGGACGAUUCACUCUGCGUGACCAGGGACAAACCGUUGCCAUCGGUAUGAUCACCAAGCUCCUUACGAACGAAGACAAGUAAAGGUGCAUGAAUUAGAAAGCCUCGGGCAUUUGCCAUACAACGAAUCUAUUAUAUUGAGCCAUCUUGCGGAGAGUUCACGUUGCGGCUGUGGACAGGAAGGGAUGGGUGGGCAGAGGCUGGGUAAUGAUAUCUCAGGACUACCCUGCCUUGGUUGACGAUGAUGAAUUCUCUUUUGCAUCUUUUCCUAUAGAUAUCAGUCCUUGCUUUCGCUUUCGUUUGAAGUUUAAAAAAAAGUGAUUGGUUUCUCCAAGACUUUUCUGCUCAUUCACACUCACUCCCCCUAGCCCAUCAAUCAUGAAGUUCGUAAGAAACAAUAAAAGGUAUCCAUACACAGGAAAUCCCCUACUUUUCAUCCAACAUCACCACCAGAUAGACAGCCAAAUCACCGCUUCUUCUUCCCCACCACCUUCGUGAACCCAUCAUCAUCAACCUCCGG